AGGACGAACUGAAGUGUGCGGUUCACUGAACCAUCCUACGAACAGAUCAACAAUGUGUUGGAGAACAGCGGGACGGUUUUAGUGAGGUGAGAGCGUGUCAUCUUACAACCUUUCAUUUCAACUCCACAUUCAAAAGUGCUUUCUCAGUUUGACAGUUAAUCGCAUUGAUAAGGGUGCUUCAGUGGUCAGAUAAUCAGCACUGAAGUCAGUCAGUCAGGGGGUCAAAGGUCAAACAGAGAGGCAUCAUGGAGGAGAAUGAGGAAGUGGGCAGAGAUUGGAAAAAACUAGAGCCGAAUGGCCAUGUGAAGAUCUUCCUCACGGUGCUGUACAGUCUCAUCCUCGUCCUCGGCAUCGUGGGAAACAGCGUCACUAUUCACGUGGCGCAGGUGCUGCAGCGAAAUGGAUACCUGCAGAAAAAUGUGACUGAUCACAUGGUCAGUCUGGCCUGCUCUGAUUUGCUGGUGCUGUUGAUCGGGAUGCCCGUGGAACUCUACAGCGCGAUCUGGUACCCAUUUUCGUCCUCGUCUGGCAACGCUUCCUGCAAGAUCUACAACUUCCUGUUUGAGGCGUGCAGCUACGCCACCAUCCUGAACGUUGCCACUUUGAGUUUUGAGCGUUACAUCGCCAUCUGCCACCCGUUUCGCUACAAAGCCUUCGGCGGCAGUCAUACGACGAAGCUCCUGCUGUCCGUGUGGCUCUGCUCGGUGCUCGUCGCUAUACCGAUGCUGAUCACGACGGGAAUGGAUGGACACAUACCUGAGGGCCGCAGCGCACCGGUUCAAAAUCUGACAUUCUGCACAAACCUGAGCAGACAUUGGGUGGGGUAUCGCACCAGCAUCUUCACGGCUUUCAUUCUGUAUCUUCUGGUGUUGUGCGGCGUGGCCUUCAUGUGCAGAGGGAUGAUUGUAGUUCUGCGGGCACCGAUGGGCCCCAGUGAAUCCAGCGCAAAUACAGAAGGACACAGCGCUCCCAAACAUGAGGGCACCCGACUGAAAGCGUCCCGUAAACAGACCAUCCUCUUCUUGGUGUUGAUCGUGUGUUCCCUGCUCGUGUGCUGGAUGCCCAACCAGAUCCGGCGAUUGAUGACGGCAUCGGUGCCCAAGUCUGCAUGGACGGUGAGUUACCUGAGCAGCUACGUGAAGCUCCACCCGGUGUCCGACACGUUCUUCUACCUGAGUUCUGUGUUAAACCCGCUGCUGUAUAACCUCUCAUCGAGACAGUUCCGUUCCGUGUUCUGGCAGAUGCUCACGUGUCGCCUGUCACUCGAGCACGUCAACAGAAGAACGCUUGAAAACAGUCUCGCCUCAAAGAGCUCCAGUCACAAAUUACGGCCGCUGAUGUGCAGUUCAGUGAACCGCAUGCGAGCAAAAAACAGCGAGAAAUCAAACCAUCCAUCAUCAGAGAGACAAACCACUGUUCCCCUCACAGAGACACCGCUGACAGCACAGACACCCGUCACUCCAACACAGGACGAAUCAUCAACAUCAACAACAACAACAAAUAUAGCUGCAAGCAGUACUUAACAGAGUUCAAGCCUUUUAAUAACUUUCAAAGUAUGCAAAAAAUGUACGUAUUUGUAUAUGUAUAUGUAUUUUGUAAGCUGCUGAAUUUGCAAACUGGUGUUAAAUAUGACUGAUAUCUUGUGUUCAACGAUCCUGAAACAGGAUAAUUGUUAUGGUGGUCAUUUUUUUUAACUUCUUAACUGUUAUAAAGCCACAUAGCACCCAAUCUCCAAAAAGGUUUUAGAAAUAACUAAAUAAAUAACUAAAGUUCAACUUUUCUUUGUUAAUUAUUGACCUAGGGAGUCCUAGAUGUAGCUUACAAUAGCAGGUAACAUUGGAUAAUAUACAAUAAUUUACACACCAUUUAUACAGCCAAUUUGCUGAAAUAUGUUUGGCUUAUGGCGGCCAUGUUUUUUAUUUGUCUGAGUCAUAUUGUAGAAUAUGGCAAGUAUUUGGCCCCUACAAGAAGCAUACCAAUUUUCAACUUCAUUGAUAAUACAGUUGCGGAGUUAUGAGCAUUUAUUUAGUUGUAGCGCCCCCUAUAGGCGAAUGUUUUCACGAUUUUGUAUGCAGACUCAAAAUGUCAUGUUGUUUAUGUGUAUCAAGUUUUGUAACAUUUGGCCUUUUUUUUGGUAGAUAUUGGUCAAUACGUACAAAAUGGAUGACGCCUGACCAAUUCGUUGGCUUAUAUCUUUGCAACGCUUUGACAAGUCAAAAUGCCUUUUAUAAGUUUUUGUAAGGAGGGUUCAUAGUAGACACACACCAAUUUUUAUGUGAAUAAUAUAUACGGCCUAGAAUAGUGAAAAGAAUAUUAGAAUAGUGGAAAGAUUUUAUAAAAUGCCAUGAAACUCAAAUAUAAAUUUUGUAGGUCUUGGUGCAAGGAAUUAGAGGAAUAAAGAAUUUUGAGAUUAUUCAAUUUGGUUGCAGAGUUAUUGGCGAAAACAUAAAUGUCCUUGUUAUAGCGCCACCUUGUGACCAAUUUUCAUAAAACUUGGUACACAGCCUCAUUCGCCGCCACCUGGUGAAGUC